ACAAGGCAGCCAUCCACAGUGGCUGGAGUAGAGAGGAGAGGAGAGGAGAAUUACACAGGACUUACCCUUUUCCCUUUUAGCUCUCUAUCAAAGCCUCUGGGGGCCACAAAAGGAACAAACCCUGUACUUUUCUUGAACUGCACUUGCUCUGCUAAAGGACAUGCUGCACUCUGCUAUGGCAGCCCCUGUGGGACACAGGAACACCGUCUCCCUCUCACCUUGUUCUCAUCGUUGGUGGAUCUCUCUGUGCGCUGUGUUGACUCUUUCAAGCCUGGUCUGUGGGUUUAACCUGGAUACUACUCACACGCUGCAUAAGCUGGGAGACAGUGGCACCUUCUUUGGAUUCUCUCUAGCACUUCACCAGCAGCUUACCCCAGAGCCUCAGAGCUGGCUCCUGGUGGGUGCGCCGCAGGCCGCAGGGCUGGGCAGGUUAAAGGGCAGCCGGCCUGGAGCCCUGUUCAGGUGUCCGAUCACGCCAGAGGAGUACGACUGUGAGAGGGUGGAUAUUGAUGGAGAAGUGAGUUUGGACAGAGAGAGCAAGGACAACCAGUGGCUGGGAGUUACUGUCAAGAGUCAGGGGAUCGGAGGGAAGGUGGUGACCUGCGCUCACCUGUAUGAGCUUCGGCAGCGUGUAAAACAACCAUCAGAGACACGAGACCCGAUUGGGCGCUGCUAUGUCCUGAGUGAGGAUCUGACAGAGCGAGAUGAUCUGGAUGGGGGGGAGUGGAAGUUCUGUGAGGGCCGGCCGCAGGGACACGAGCAGUUUGGCUUCUGUCAGCAGGGCCUGUCCGUCAGUUUUACCCCAGACAACAACUUUAUCCUGUUUGGGGCUCCGGGCACGUACAACUGGAAAGGUGAGAUGCGCGUCCAGCUGCUAAACCAGACUCUGCUUGACCUCGGUCUCUAUGACGACGGGCCCUACGAGGUGGCAGAUCAGAAACAGCUUAAUGCCCAGCUGAUCCCUGUGCCCUACCACAGUUACCUGGGGCUCUUGUUCAUGGCUAGCCCUGUUGAAGAUGCGCUGCUGUACAAAACUCUGGAGCCCUCCAGCCGGCCCACACCGUUUGAGGAUGUAGCUCAUAAUAGCUACUUAGGCUUCUCUGUGGACUCGGCCAUGGGCAUAAUGAGCCUUGGAGAGUUGACCUUUGUGGCGGGGGCGCCGAGGGCCAAUCACACGGGGGCGGUGGUGCUACUGCGGAAGGACAAUGUGUACCGGCUGGUGCCGCAGCACAUUUUUUGGGGGGAAGAGCUGGCGUCUUCCUUUGGGUACUCAGUGGCCACCACAGACCUCAACAAGGACGGCUGGACAGACCUGAUAGUGGGAGCUCCCAAUUUCUUUGACCGUAAGGCAGAGAUCGGUGGGGCUGUAUACGUGUAUCUGAACCCCUUCGGUCACUGGGAUGACCAGGCUCGGCCUAUCCGUCUGAAUGGGACGUAUGACUCCAUGUUUGGGAUGACAGUUAGCAACAUUGGUGAUCUAGACCAAGAUGGAUAUGGAGAUAUUGCCGUUGGAGCACCAUUUGAUGGAGAUGGAAAAGUGUUCAUCUACAGAGGCUCAGAUGCUGGAAUCGAAACAAAGCCUGCUCAGGUGCUGGACGGCCGUGACUUUGAUGUGAAACGUUUUGGCUAUUCCAUCUCAGGUGGUCUGGAUAUUGAUAAGAACCAGUACCCCGACCUGGCAGUGGGCUCGCUUAAUGAUUCAGUGGUUCUCUUCAGGUCUCGCCCAGUCAUCCAUGUGACCAGAAUGAUAUCUAUUGAGCCUGAUAACAUUGAUCUGGAGCAGUUCAACUGCAAGGGCAGAGAGGGAGUAUGUGUGGAGGUCAAGGCCUGCUUCUCCUUCAAAGCCCACCCAGAGCACUACUCUCCACACAUCACCCUGAUGGUGCACUUUGAAGCCGACACGGAGCGUAGGAAGUUGGGCCUCCCGCACCGAGUUAACUUCCUGGGUCGUAGUUCACUGGAGCCGGAGUACACUCAGAGAGAGGAGGUGGAGCUGCACGAACAGCGCCGCCCUGCAUGCACCAGUGCUGUGUUCCAGCUCCAGGAAAAUAUCAGAGACAAACUGCGUCCCAUCACACUGGCGAUAACCCAUACAAUCAAGCCUGUGCCACCACGCAGACAUUCAGGUGCCAAGAGGCUGGAGAAGUUGGCGCCUAUUCUGAGUGUUUCUCCUUCUAAUACACUGCACUCUGAGGUUAAUUUCCUGCGUGAAGGAUGUGGCACAGACAAAAUCUGCCAGAGCAACCUAAAGCUGACCUACCAGUUUGGAACACGACCCCCGACCUCUGACCUCUUCACCCCUCUGCCAAAAGAUGAAGAUGAUGUGCAGGUGUUCUCCCUGUCCGACCAGCGGUCUGUGGUGCUGGAGAUCACUGUCACCAACAUGCCCUCUGACCCUCUGUACCCUGAGGAGGAUGGAGAUGAUGCCCAUGCUGCGCAGCUGCUCAUCUCCCUCCCAAACACACUGUCCUACUCAGGCUCCAGGACCCCACCACAGGUGAGGUGUCAAGCCAACCAGAACGGCUCCCGGGCUGAAUGUGAGCUGGGAAACCCUGUCAAACGAGAUGCUAAGCUGAAAUUCUCCAUCAUCUUGAGCACAUCUAACAUCACCAUCGAGACCACUGAGCUGACAGUAGAUCUCUUACUGGCAACUAUCAGUGAGCAGCCUGACCUGGCCCCAGCCACAGCUUUUGCUAAAGUGGUGAUAGAGCUCCCUCUGUCUGUCAGUGGACUUGCCCGUCCUCACCAGCUGUUCUUCAGCGGGGCUGUGAGGGGAGAGAGUGCCAUGACCACUCUGGAUGACAUAGGAAGCCCUGUGGACUUCGAGUUUGCGGUGGCCAAUACAGGGCAGGCUCUGCAAACACCUGGCUCCACCUUCCUCAACAUCAUGUGGCCUUAUGAGCUGGAGAAUGGGAAAUGGCUCCUGUAUCCUGCCAACCUUACAUUCAAGGGCCACUCAGAGACCGUCUGCACAGGACCCCUGAACCCUCUGAAACUUCAUCACAGCCCCUCAGCUGCAGAGCUUCCAGAGCCGGGCCAUCUCAGGGCUGGAAGAAAGGGCCGCUCCCACCCAGAGGAGGAGGGUCAGGUGAUGACAAAGGGCAGCGUGGGAAGAACCACCCCAGCAGUGGCAGCCUCAGAGAGACGCAAAUCGCUCAAACUGGACUGUCUCCUGGGGUCGGCACGCUGCGUGCUCUUCCAGUGUCCGCUCCACAGCCUCUCUGACCAGGCUGUCCUCAAAAUCCACGCCAGGCUGUGGAACAGCACCUUUAUAGAGGAGUUCCCAGCAGUCAGUGCUCUGGAGCUGCUGGUCAGAGCGAACAUCACUGUGAAGUCCAGCAUCAAACACCUGGUGUUAAAGGAUGCUGCUGCACAGGUUCCAGUGAUGAUCUAUCCAGAGCCCGGACUUGCUGACCAGUACUGGAUCCCCUGGUGGAUCAUCCUCAUAGCCAUCCUGGCAGGCAUCCUGCUGCUGACUCUACUGGUCUGCAUACUGUGGAAGUGUGGCUUUUUCCGGCGGGCCCAGUACAAAGACAAAGUGCCUCAGUACCAUGCGGUGAAGAUCCCUCGUCAGGACCGGCCACAGUUCCAGACCGAGAAGUCGGGGGUCAUCCAUAAGAAGGAAUGGGCCACGCACUGGAGCGACGGGACCUCUUAACUCACCUGAAGCACUGACCGACCGAGUCAAUUCAAAUCACUAUGUGGCACUCACUCUUUGCAUUGGAACUAAUGGACAGAAAAAGUGCACGUGCACGUGCACAUUGUAAUGCGUCAGUAUGUUGCGUACUGGCACUCUGUUACACUGACUGGAUCUAGAUUCCCCCAUCCUGUAACCCACUGUCGGCUAGCCUCGGAUAGUCUAUAUUUACAUCAUGCAUCUAUAUUGGUGUUUUACAGUAAGCACUGAUGGCCCUCAACGGUAUCAAAGCCAGUCUAGCUGCUCGAUAUGUUUUGUAGCCUGCAGAAGCAGUGCUGAUGCUCUAAUGGACUGCACUGACUGGCAUCAAUACAAAUCAAAGGCAGACCAAAGGAGAACAGAAACUCACACAGCUCAUGAAAACACACACAUACAUUCACUUUGACACACUGGACUUUGUUGAUCCCCCUUCACCAAGACGCCACUGCCCAUGACAUGGACUGCUUUUUGCCUUAACUACUGUAAAACUGAAUACUGAAAUGGGCAAUGAAAAAAAGAAACUACUUUUGUAUACAAUGUUUGGGAUUUCCUUUUAGCUAGCGCUGGUUAACACAGGGAAAAUAUCUGAUAAAGUUAGAAAUGAUGGCCAAGAGGAUUGAAUGUGUUGUCCUCUGGACUUGCUGAUAUGCUGAAAAAGCCAUGUGAUAAGUUGACCUGAUGGUUUUAUCAACCCAGUUCAUGAAAGUGGAGCUAUUGUACAUUUUCCUUUUCCAUUUGUGUUUCACUUCGAGAUUGCGGUCAUAUGUACUGUACGUCAACAAUUUGUUGCCUGAGUGAACUUGAAUUAGUGCAGCAAAACCACAAUACAGCCUAAAAUAGACGUGACCACAGCACUGUUGUUAGAUGAAUAACAAAUAUCUCUAAAAGGUAAACUCUUCAGCCUUUAACAGAGCUCAGCUAGCCUGAAUCAAGUGUGUGCAUUUUAAAUUUCUGAACUCUACACUGGGAUAUGAAUGUAUUUCCUUAGUCAUAAGGUCAUAAAACUUGCUCAGUGCAUAGAAAUUUCAUAGGUUUGAAUUGAGAGACUAUACUGCAAUGCAUCAUGUUGGCUGAAUCAAAAAAAGUGAUGGGAAUAGUCGUUUUUUUAACGAGAGUUGUAAAAGUUGUUGUCUCCUACCAGGAGGCAUCAUGAUGUUUGUAUAAAAAGUUUGCAGACUGUGUCGAUGGAUCAUACCAACCUGCUGCUCCUGGGAACGUAUUCGCACCAGCCAGGGUGUGACUGUACAUGCUUACAUUUCUAGUUGUAUACAAGUGCCUUAUGGUAAAAGUGGCAGAAGCUACUGCAGGCUGAGUUAUGGUGAAAGGCAAAAAGGCAAAUUGUACCUUACAUUACGCUGCCCUGAAACUUCUGUUGGACACUAAUGGACUAAUAUGCAUCCCUCCAAUUUUCAAACUACGUCACAAGAGCAAAGAAGAUGAACGUGGAGAGGUGGAAUAUAUCAGCCUGGAGCCAGACUGAAUUUCUUGAGAUCUGGUUUGGUUCAAUACUCUGGCUAUAAAGCAUGAAAUGUCAGCUUGUUUUUUUUUUUUUUUUUUUUUUUUUUUUUAGGUAUUGCUGGACAAUCUUGUAUCUGUAGCUGCAUGAAGCUCAUAUUGCUGUUCUGAC